AUGGCUAAGGUUGCGGGUGAUGGUGUUGCUCUGCUGUACGGCUGCAUUACUAUGCUGACGCUGGCGUGGGUCUUUGCAAUGCUUAGACUGGGAGUCAGGAAAUGGAAGAAUAACUUUGGUCCGGACGAUUGGUUGAUGUUUGUUGGGCUGGCCCUCUACUCUGUGACGGUAGGGAUCGUUAUUCGAUGUUGCUUCUAUGGAGCCGGGCAAAAGAGUAAGAAUCUCGAGCCUUAUGACACGAUGAUGGGAACAAAGCUCUUCUUUGUCGCUCAGUUCUUUUACUGUGCUUGCUCAGUUCCGAUCAAAACAAGUAUCUGUGUAACGAUGCUUCGAAUCUGCGAUUCCCGCCGUCGCUUCGUUUGGACUCUCUGGGCAAUCAUCGCCACGACCAUCACGACCGCCAUAGUCUUCAUCAUCGCUACCGCCAACAUUUGCCAUCCGAUAGAAAAAUUAUGGGGCGAAACAACCCGCGGUUCUUGCAACACAAACUUGAAUAGUAGUAUUGGAUUCUUCUUUUCGGCUGUGUCCAUCGUAACGGAUUGGACACUGGCCAUUUUACCGGCUGUUCUGCUGUGGAAAAUUCAGAUGAAGCAGAGGGUCAAGCUGCCUGUUAUCUGUAUGCUUAGUCUGGGUGUCUUUGCGAGUUGCGCGACCGUCAUCCGACUGGGCUAUCUCACACGUUACAACGACCCUGCCGAAUUUGUAUACAGCACCGGCGCAAUUGGUCUAUGGUCCAUCAUGGAAGAAGGCAUUGGUAUUGUCGCCGGAUCUAUGCCUGCCCUUCGACCUCUACUCAAUCUCCCCAUCUUUAGCAGAUCCACAUACGGGAGUGCUGGUGCAUCAAACCCGGGGACUGACCAUAUGAACCCGUCGCAUGUAUCGAAUAAACGAAAGAAGAGUCAGAGGUGCGACUUGGAGAUGGAUGAGUUUCAUGGCAAUAUGACAACAAGGGUAUCGCACGGGCGUCAAAAAAACCAGAGCCUGGAUGACAGUGAUAGUCAAAAGUUCAUCCUCAAGUCGACACAGGUGGUCAUGACGACUGAGCGAGUCUAG